CUUUGCUCCUGCUUCCAGGGCGUAGGAGUGAAUAAAUUUUCUUUUAAGCGAAUUCUUUAAAGCAAAUGAUUAGUUAGUAAGCCGGGAGUGUGUGCUUAAGGUUCCUAGUGGAAAUAUCUCAAAAAGUGUGGUUUUCACCAGCAAAAACGAAAGUGUUUCAGUGUGUCUUUGUUCUCUGGCGAAUUUUUGUGGUUAGACAGGGACAUUUUCCAAUUAGUGGGGAGAACUCAAAUUUAAAAAUCAUGCUACCAUUAUGUAUGCUUUACAGGACUUUAGCGACGCCUUAAAGUAGGCAAAGUGAAAAUGAAAACACCCACACAAUUGAAAAAUCAAUAAUCACAUUCGGUGUUUGUGUGGGUGGCUAGGUGGGAGGGAGGCUUGUACGUGUUCGUGUGUGUGUACUACGAUUAAAUGCCGGCGCGUAGUAUCGGCCGAGUGGCACAAUAACAACAAAACGUGCGAGAGCAAAGGAUACGAUUAAUACAAGUGUAAACAAAGAGAACGAGAGCUUUACAGUUGCGUUCGAUAGGAAAGUAACGAACGGAAGAAGAAGAUUCAAAUUCCUCACCCCUCCUAUUAGCAAGGAGCAGGCACAAUCAUCAGCAUUAGACGUCUUCCGAAUGCCAAUCUGCUUUUUGUGAGCACCAUGCAGACGCUGCGCAAGAAAACGAGUCCUUGUAAAUAUCGCAAUGAUCCGGGACGAUUUUUCGGCGAUGGCGUUCAAUUCAAGGCCAAACUCAUUGGAAUAUUGGAAGUGGGCGAGGCCCGGGGCGAUCGUAUGUGCCAGGAGGCGUUGCAGGACCUCAAGAUGGCCAUCCGUGCGGCGGGGGAGCACAAGCAGCGGAUAACCAUCCAUGUGACGAUCGACGGGCUGAGGCUGCGGGACGAGAAAACAGGCGACUCGCUGUAUCACCAUCCGGUGCACAAGAUAUCCUUCAUCGCCCAGGACAUGACCGAUUCGCGGGCCUUCGGCUACAUCUUUGGCUCGCCGGACAGCGGGCAUCGGUUCUUUGGCAUCAAGACGGACAAGGCGGCCAGCCAGGUGGUGCUGGCCAUGCGCGACCUCUUUCAGGUUGUCUUCGAGCUGAAGAAGAAGGAGAUCGAGAUGGCCCGCCAGCAGAUCCAGGGCAAGUCCCUGCAUGAGCACGCCAGCCAGCUGGCCUCCUUAUCCGCACUGAGAGCUGGAGCAGCGGGUCAUGCAGAUCUCGCCAGUGGCGGCCACUCCCUCACCCUGAGCUCCCUCUGCGGUCAGGAUGCCUACUCGAAUGGAACCGCGCGGCUGGGCGUCAAUCUGGACGUGGCCAAGACCUCGGGAGCAGCAGCCAAAGAAAUCUCUCCCGAAUCUGUGGCGGAUCUGGUGGAUCUGGAGCAGGAGUUGACCUCCCUGCAGCGCGGCAUCACCCAAAUGGAGAGGAUUACGCCCAGCGAGCCGGGCAUGCACCAUCCCUCCAGCGGCGGAGGUGGCGUCGUCGGCGGCGGGCAUCCCGGCAGCCUGGCCAAAUCCGCCAGCGAGGACGAUCCCUUCGGGGACUCCUUCAUCUGUGUGCCAUCGUACAGCAUCUUGCCGCCGCCGCCCGAAUCGGGCCGCAACCGACACAAGCCCCAGAAGACACCCGAGUCUGCUGCCGCUCUGGAUGCCAUCCUCUCGCCUCCUCCUGCCGGGGUGCGUUCCUCCCCAGCCCCGGGCGUUGCCAGUCAGGCCUCUGGCGUGGACAAUGACGACGACAGCUGGCUGCACGAGUUGGACCAGCAGAACGAUGUCUUUGACACCACCAAUGUGGUGGCCGCUGUCCUGUCGAUGGCUCCUCUGGCGGCCAGCGAAUCCACGGCCACGCCCACGCAACAGUUGACGGAAAUGUCCGCUACGGCAGCUGCAUCUCUGGCGGAUCUCGACAUGGGCGGACUGGCGGGCCUUACGGCCACAGCAACAGCAGAGGAGCCAGCAAUCAUGUCGCUGGAACCGCUGCCGUCCUCCAUCAACGCGACGACGACGCUGGAGGAUCGUCAGGAGACGGCGAAUCCGGUGCUGCUGCCCCGCGACACCGAUCCCUUCUCGCCGACGCGCAAGAAGAGCGACCCGGAUCCCUUCCAGGAGGGUGAUCUCUUCGCCAAGCUGGAUGCCUUCGAGUUCGAUGCACCUGCCCCCGUGGCAGUGGCAGUGGCCGCCGCAGUCCCAGUUGCACCCGAUGGGGCCAGGAGCAACGCUUUUAAUGGACCGCUUCAAGUGCAGCUUCCCCCGGAGAAAGGGGAGCAGCAGAUGAGCACCGUGAGGAAUCGGCCCACUGUCUCCGCCUCCUCGCUGCCCAAUCCUCUGGGCGGAGGCGGAGGAGGGGGACCCCUGGAUGUCAUCUCCAGCAUCAGCAACAAGAAGAUGCCGCAUCUGUUUGGCCAGGCGAGGGGCUUCUCCAAGCGCGGCGACUCCUCCUCCUCGGAGAUCGGCUCCAGCGUCAAUAUGCGGCGCCUGCAGGAGAGCGAUUCCCUCAGCGAAACGGAGGCUGCCCCGGAGCCACCGCCUCGUCCGGACUCGGCCCCCUGUUCUGGGCCACCGCCUCUGCCGCCCAAGAAACAGUUCAGCGACCUCGUGAUCCGGCCGAGUCCCGCUCCGCCGACUGCCGGUCGGUAUGAGUAUCUGAACAGCAGUUCCUCUUCGACGCGACGCACCCUCGCGCACUCUCUGCCGGACGCGCCGCCGAUUCCAUUGCCCUCGCGUCGCGUGGGACGCACGGAUGCCUGCUUUCCGGGUCCCGGCCGCCCAAGAAAGCCCCAUCAGACGGAGGAUGACUAUAUGAUGCCGCUCGGACCGCCGCCACCCCUGCUGCCGCCUCCGAAUCAGGCAUCAUCGGCAGCGGCAUCGUCCACGGCCAGGGCGCGUCCCCAGCGGCAGCAAUCGCUGGGAAGGCCGCAGGACAUUUACGAGAACAAGGCGGAGAUCCUGGCGCAGGCAGUAGCCCACGAGGGCCCGGCAGGCCCCGCUCUGGCUCCUGACAUCACGCUGACGCAGUUGCUCACUUUGGGCAUGGAUGAUCUGGCCGUGAAGCUGAAUGUUCCCGCCACAAAGCUGAGCACAAUGACCCUUGUGCAGCUGACGUCCUACCUGUCGGAGUACUUGUCGUCCAGCGAGAAGACCAGCCAAUCCCUGGCCGCCCCCGCGGCUCCGGCUCCUGUCGCCCCACCAGCAGCCACAGUCGCCGCCGCCGCCAGUGCCACAGCCUCCUCCUCUGCGGCGGUCUUCAAGGUGAGCUUCGAUCAGCAAACAUCCUUUGUGGCCUCCUUUGACGACACCUUCGGCGAGGACGAGGCAACGGCGCGAGUGGCCUCGCCGCCCAAGGAGGCGCCCAUUUUUGAGGCGAACUUUGCGAAUUUCAACGAGGCUCCGAUACCGGCGGCGGCUGCAGCGGUGGCUGUGCCCUCGGCGGAUCGCUAUGCGGUCUUUCGCGAGAUCAUCGACCAGGAGCUGCAACAGCAGCAGCAGGAAACGGAUCUCAUGGGGGAUCUCACGCCGCCGCCCGUCGACGAGCAGGAGGCGGCGCCAGAGGCGUCCUCCCUGGGCCUGGGCUUGGAGGCGCACACGGAGAUUCCGCUGAUCGAUUCCAUUGGCACGAGAACCGCGCCACCGUCUGCCCCGCCGCCGCCGCUGCCAAAGAUCGACACAAAAAUCACCGAAGUGGUGGCCCAGGCCAAGGAUCGCUACGCGGCCCUCAGGGACAUCAUUCUGGUGGAGAAUCUCUUCGACAAGCCGCAGCCGCCGGCGCAGGCGCAGGCCCCCAAGGCACCGCCGGAGAAGGAUCUGCUGCAGGACUUUCCCGAAUUCAGUGACGAAUUCAACGAGGACCAGGACCUGCGGCAGAUCAUGGACCUGCCACUCGCCGAGCAGCAGCAUCCGCAGGAUCGGCACGGCCUUGUGGACAGUCGCGGCUUCCCCGCAGAGCCCUCGUCCUCUGCCCUGACCGUGGACGACGAUGACGAGGACGAGGAUGCAGAUGCGGGGGGAGAGAGCAGCAUGGACAGCAACGAAAAGGACGGGGAGGAGCCGGUGAGCGGACAGGAUCAGUACGAGAAGCUGUCCACCUCCACACAGCAGCUGGAUGCAGUGGUUCCCGCUUCUCUUUUGGAGGAGGAAUCCUCCUCCGUGCCGCUGCCUCUCCGCUGUCCCAAGCAGGAUCACAAGUUCCUGUCUGUGCUGACGGCCCCCCCGGGAGGCGGCAGUGGCAGUGGCAGUGCGAAAGAUGACAUUGAAAUCGAUGAGCUGAUGCAUCGCGCCAUCUCCAAUCUGUCGCUGGACUCGCGGGAGCGCCUCUCUCCGGCCACCUCCUCGGCGGCACCCUCCAGAGGAGCGCAGAGUCUGGGCGUGCACACGCCCUCGCAGCAGCAGUUCAACGAUGUCAGCACUUCGCCCAUUCCGCUACAGAAAUCACAAUCGCCAGCUGCACUGCAGCCCUCGCCAGUGCCAUCGCAUCUGUCGGCCGUCUCUCAGCUGAUAGACACCGCCACCAAGCAGAUGAUGAGCGAACGAGAACGCGAGCGCGAUCGCGAUCGCGAAAGAGAGAAACAAUCGUGGGCCACCUUUGACUCCCCCAAGGCCACGGGCAAAGGCAAGGCACGCCUCACGCUGCCACCGCCGCCGCCGCCUGCCUCCAAUACCUCGCAGCAGGACACCGCAGAGUCGCCGUGCAGCUCGGAUCCCCGCGAUGACGGCUGGUCGAAGCAGCAGCGCCGUUGGGCCAAGAAGGAGCGCCACCAGACUUCGUCCUCGUCGAGGGAUCUGAGUCCUUGGGACGACGAGACGCCAGAGUAUCUGAAGAGACGGCAGCAAAUGCCACAUCCGCAGGUACAGCCGCAGACGGAUCGUCAUGGUUACUAUAUGAGGCAUGCCAGAAGAAUGAACUCCUGCGAUGAGGAUUACGACUACGAUGCAGAGCUGAUGGCCCGCAGGGAAAGAGAGCAGCUGCAGCAAAGGAAGUUCAAGCAUGGCCUCUCCCGCAGCAGGGAUAACUUUGAUCUGGAUUCCCCCAGUUGGUAUCACCAUCCCACACAUCACACCUGGUCGCCGCAGGAAAUCGAACAAGGAGUGCGAUCGAGUGGCCGAUCGUUUGAGCGCAGCGCCUACGAGCGCUCCAGCUAUGGGCCGCCCAUGUACGCGGACAAGCGGGGCGGACAGCAGCAGCAGCAGCAGCUGCGGAGCAAGUAUCGGGGGGAGCGAGAGCGAGACCGCGAUCGAGAGCGCGAGAGGGAGCGCGAGUACAGGGACUAUGCGCGUCCCAGCUACGACUUUGACUACGAGAACGUGUACGAGGAGCAGCGCGGUGGACGCUCGCCCAUGGCCUACAAGUCGAGUGGCCGCGGCGGAGGAGGAGGCGACUAUCUGUACGAGAGGGAGAGGGAGCGGGACAGGGACAGGGAUCGCAAGUCCUUCGAUCGCGAGAGCCUGGAGUCCUUCGAGAGCGCCACGCGGCGCAGACGUAGCUUUGGCAGCGGCAACGAUGUCUAUGGAAGCCUCGACAGCCGCGACGAGUAUCGCGGCGGCGUGGACCGAGAGCGCGACAGGGGCGAACGGGAUCGCGAGCAAAUGAAGACGCGUUCCCUGAGGAAGCCCACCACCACCUCGGGGAAGCUACGCAUCAGCGGGGACAUUGACUACGAACAGGAUUCGGAGCAGGAUUUCCAGCAGCGCGAGCGGGCAUCGGUGAGGAGUCUGCAGCGUCCCAGUCAGCUGGGAGCCGACGUGGUGCUGCCCAUCGGCGGAGGAGGAGGCGGCGGCGUUGGCGGUUCCCAGCGACUGCGCAAGAGCAGUGGCUCCAGUCCCUGGGAUGGCGAGGAACCUGCUUUGCCUGGCCAAAAGUCCUGGAAGCGUCCGGCAAGUGCUGCCGAGACAGAGCGACGUCUGGCGGAGAGUCGUCGGGCCGUGGCCUUGGGACAGACGCCCUCCGAUGGGGAAAAAGAGAGAAGAUUCCGCAAGAAAACUCGUGCACGCAGUGCCAAAGACUUGGCCUCUGUUGGCGGCCCUGGCCCUGGCUCUGGCUCCUCCUCGAUUGUGAAUCCCCCACCCCCUCGCUAUGUGGGCGGCAGUGGGCGUGGCAUUCGGGAUAACUACGAUUAUAUGAGCAGCCAUCAGCAGCAGCUGCAGAAGCAGAUGCAGCAGCGCAAAGAUGUGGAUGUGGACGACGACGAUGUGGCCGACGACGACGAUGAUGACGAUGAGGAUUAUGCGGAUGAUGAGCCGCCCACGGAUGAGGAUAAGUUCGAGCGAUUGAAUCGCAGGCGCCACGAGAUGCACCAGCGAAUGCUGGAGAGCGAGCGCCGUCAAAUGGAGCGACAUCCCACGCUGUCGAAGCUGCAGUCAACGCAGAAUCGUUCUCGCGGCGGCGGAGGAGCCGUAGCCCCCCCGGGGGUCAACAGUGACUAUGGCUUUGUGGAUAGCUACGAGCAGACGCCCACACCGACGCCCCGAUCGAAUGCCAGCAGCACGCCCGCCGGAUUGAUGAGCAGCGGCAUGCUGGGCAGCGGCGGGGAGUCCUCUGCAGGCGUUGGCGGUGGCAAGUUUAACUUUGACGAUGGCUUCGAAUCGGACUUCAACCAGAGCUCCCCACCGCCAGCGCCCGCUGGCACGGCCUCCAGCUGUAAUUCAACGCCCGCGGGCCCCAUCUCGGGUGGCAGCGUGGCCAGUGGCGGCUCCAAGUCUCUGUUUCGCUUCUCCAAUGACUUUUCGGAGAAGGGCGGCGAGAAGAGGGAGCACUUUGAGAUGGAUCCACCGGCGACCUCAACGCCACCCAUAACCCAAAAGCUGCGAUUCGAUGAUAAUGUCAAGAUCUCGCAGUUCGAUGAUGCUGCCUUCGAGGAUGAUUUUGCCAAGGCCUCGUUUGACUUUGAAAAGGAGCAGACGAGUGCAGGAGGAGGUGGCGCCACAGCAGCCGCUGGAGGAUCUGUUGCUUUGACCAGAAAACAAAAUAUGCGCACCACAAAGCUGCAACAGCGGCAGGAGCUCAUCAAGAAAUCGGAAUCUGUUAAUAUAUUUGCCAAAAAGCAAGAGGAUCCCUUCGAGGAUGAUGAGUUCUUCAAGUCACCCGACCAGGACCAGCAGAAGGACAAUGAUGGAGAGGCCGCAGCCACUGCGAACAAUAAAUUCCAAUGGAACGAGAAUGAGAACUUUGCGAAAUUCGAUGAAAAUAUGUGA